AUGGGGGCGAAGAGUGCAUUUCCUCUGAAAAGGAAGAGCACCAUGUAUGACUAUUCUGAAAGCCUACAAAGGCACCGUGAGCUACGCAAUAUCAGUCACGUUGCAGCCUUCGUAGCAUCUCGUUCACUUGAACCAUAUGAGCGGCUGAAACACGUUCUGCAGGAUGAAGCUGCUAUGAACCUACCAAAUGAAGGAGAUAACAGAGGCAUGAGGUAUGGUCCGGUGCUACCACAAGCCCCAGAUGUUGAUUCUGUAGCGUUCAGUAAUGUGUUGGAUCCCUUGCAUGUGCCUGGAAGAGGGGCCCGAAGAAAAAUUUGA